UUAUAUUAUAUAUUUACUAUUACUUUUCUUGUUCCAUGCAAAAGCUUCUAAAUUCUUAUAUACAUACCCUUAAAAUUACUCUUAUAUAAACCACCCCAAUCCCAACCAUUCUUUACAGCCAACAAACACCAUACCCCCAAAAACUCCCUAUUAUUUCUUCUCUCUCUCUCUCUGCUAGUUAAUAUUAAAAAUGGCUGCAGAGAAUGUUUUGAUCCAAACAUAUGCCAUGUUCGUAUUUCUUAUCAGCCGUCUGAUCUUCAGCUUUGGAAAUAAAUCCAAGCCGUGGAUUAGUACUACCACGACAACUAAUAAUAAAGGCCCAACAACCACUCCGCUUUUUCCGAAUAAUAACAAGGAAAAUGGGUAUAACCUUCGUAAUGACUCAGAAGCCUUAGAAAUGGCUUCGAGUGAUUACGGAAACAUGGUUAGAGAAAUCCCAGCAGCCGUUUUAGACCCAUCUUCCAUAAACGACAUAGCCAAUUUAAUUAAAUCCUCAAACAAUUCCUCUACCCCUUUCCGCAUAGCCCCCAGAGGACAAGGCCACUCCAUUCGCGGUCAAGCCAUGGCCCAAAACGGCGUCGUUAUCAACAUGACCGCCUUGAAAGGUCACCGCAACGGUACCGGUAUUGUCGUCUCCGGCAACCGUACUGCUUCCGGUUCCGGUUACUACUACUACGCCGAUGUCGGUGGAGAACAGCUUUGGAUCGAUGUCUUGCACGCCACGCUUGAGCAUGGACUUUCGCCGGUUUCGUGGACCGAUUACCUUUACCUCACCGUCGGUGGGACUCUUUCCAAUGCGGGCAUUAGUGGUACGGCUUUCCGGUACGGUCCUCAGAUCAGCAAUGUGUACGAACUUGAUGUUAUCACUGGGAAAGGUGAAUUUGUGACUUGCUCGGCACACAAAAACUCUGAGCUAUUUCAUGCGGUUCUUGGGGGUUUGGGUCAGUUUGGAGUUAUUGUCAGAGCAAGAAUCGUCCUUGAGUCAGCUCCUAAGAGGGUGAAAUGGGUACGAAUGUUAUACACAAACUUCUCAGAAUUCGCUGAAGACCAAGAACGAUUAAUCAAAAUGAAUGACAGGAAAGACAAGAACGCACUUGAUUAUUUAGAAGGUUCACUACUCAUGAAUCAGGGCACUCCUGAUAAUUGGAGAUCCUCAUUUUUUCCACCCUCUGAUCAUCCAAGAAUAAUCUCUAAAGUCACUCAAAACAAAAUCAUUUACUGUCUAGAAAUAGCUAAAUUUUACGACGAUCGCUCUUCUCAAUCCAUACACAAGGUGGUUAAGGGAUUGACCGAAGGUUUGAGGUACGAGGCUGGAUUUAUGUUCGAGAAAGAUGUGUCGUAUGUGGAUUUUCUAGAUAGAGUACGAAGUGGUGAGCUCAAGCUUCAAUCACAAGGACUUUGGGAAGUUCCACAUCCAUGGCUUAACCUUUUCAUCCCAAAGUCAAGAAUUGAGGAAUUUAACGCUGCUGUCUUUAAGGAUAUUGUUCUAAAACGUAACAUUACAACCGGACCUGUCCUCCUUUACCCCAUGAACCGUAACAAGUGGGAUGAAAGAAUGUCAGCCGUUAUACCAGAAGAUGAAGAUGUGUUCUACACCGUUGGAUUUUUGCAUUCGAGUGGUUUUGAUGAUUGGGAUUCGUUUGAUGAGCAGAACAAAGAGAUUUUGAAGUUUUGUGAAGAUGCUGGUAUUGAGGUUAAGCAGUAUCUUGCUUACCAUGAAACGCAGGAAGAUUGGAUUAAACAUUUUGGUUCAAAGUGGACUACUUUCAAUCAAAGGAAACUUAUGUUUGAUCCUAACAAAAUUCUUUCACCGGGACAGAAAAUUUUUACUACUUCAGUAAAAUUAAUUAGCUGAAUAUAUAUAUAUAUAUAUAUAUAUAUAUUAAAAUACUAUAUAUAAUUAAUAAAUAAUUACUAUUUUCUAGAAGGGAUCGAUUAGCAGGGUAGUAUCUUAUUAAUGAUCUUGAUGUUAUUUUGUUCUUUCUCCUUUUUCUUUUAGGGGAGUCAAAAUGUUGUAGCUAUUAUAUAUUAGCUAGCUGCUAUAUAGGUAAGUUAGUGUACUUAGCUUAAUUACGUUAAGGUAGAAUAUUUUGUUCACUUUUUGUACAUAUGGGAAUUUGGUUAAUAUUGGAAAAUUAUGUGUUUAUUGUUGUUUAUUAUUA